CGAUCGGCGGGGACCGGUAGACUGGCCGCGCUCGGGCCCGCUGCGUCACGCGUCCGGCUACGGUGGAAUGCGGUGUGCGCGGUGGCGCUGUCUGACUGAGCGGAGCACGUCCGCUGCGGCAGCGGGUGUGAGGAGCGGCGGCGCGACGGUGGCGGACAGGUAGAGCGUACGCUGUAGCCGUGGUGUCCGUGUGGGAGGCUCGAGUGCAGUGGUGCUCUGGCGAGACGCUGAUCCUCGCUUCGGCCUAGCGCCUGACGGACACUGCCGCCGCCGGUGCGGAGCAGGAAAGAGGUCAGAUGCAGGAGGCGGGCGAGUGCCAGGUGCAGCGUAGUUGAUGGGACAACACUACUACGUGGUGAAUGGUACGAACGCAAUACUACAUACAUGGAAAGUGAGGUGAAACUUGCACCAUCAACGAACGAAGCUGGUGACGGAGUGCAGUGAUGGGUGGUAAUCCCCAGCCUGUUGUGUACCCGGCAUUAGGGUGGCGUGACCCUGCUGAAUUUGGACUGCUUGAGCUGAGACAGCAUGAGCAUGGCUCCAUGACUGUCAUGUCAAGAAGUGGACAUCGGCCAUGGCGUUUAUUUUCCAGGACAUGGAUUAUAAUGUGGGGCAUUGUGUUCUUGAUGUGUGUGAGUGGCAGUGUCAGUGAUGCAGGGGUGGAUGGGGCUGCAGCUGGCCCAAGUUCUGCGAGGCUUGAUCGACAUAAAAGAUCCAGACCAGGCAGUGUAGUCAUCGGAUCAGUUGGGGAGCAUAAAAUCUGCGGAUCCAUCGACAUCCGCAACAAGUUCAAUGCCUCGCUGAUGGCCGAACUGGCCGAAUGCGCCGUCAUCGAAGGCUCGCUGAAGCUGCUGCUGAUCAGUAACAAGACGGCAGGUGCAGCCGGCGACAUCUACCGCAACAUCAGCUUCCCACGCCUCAAGCAGGUCACGCACUACAUCCUGCUGUACAGGAUACAGGAGCUACAGUCGUUCGACAAGAUUUUCCCGUCACUGGCGGUGAUCCGCGGCCAGCAGCUGUUCAACAACUUCGCCCUGGUCGUCUAUGAGAACUACCACCUGGUGGACCUCGGCCUGGCGGCGCUGCGGCGUAUCAUGCGCGGCACCGUGCGCGUCGAGAAGAACCCGGUGCUCUGUUACUUGCGCACUGUCAGCUGGGAGCACCUGACGAACCGCACCGACGCCAUCAUCCAGGACAACCAGGAGCCGAGUAUCGACCCGGCCGACGAGGGCUCGUGCCCGUCGCGCGACUGCCCCAGAAACUGCAAUAGCUUCUCCCGGCUGGGCCAAACGCGCCGCGCCUGCUGGAACGCCCAGCACUGCCAGACGCUGCAGCCCACUCGGGGCUGCCACAGCGAGUGCGAGGCGGGCUGCACGCAGUUCAACUCGGACCGGCACUGCGUCGCCUGCAAGCACGUUGACUUCGACGGCCGGUGCAUGGCCCGCUGCCCCGCCAACCAGUACCUGUACGAGGGCUGGCGUUGCAUCAGCAAGGCCGAGUGCAUCGUCCUGGAGACGCACGACGAGACCAGCUUCAAGGCGCACAACGGCUCGUGCCUGCCGAACUGCCCGACUGGCUUCAAGCCCUCCGACAGGCGGGGCGAGUGUGUGCCGUGCAUUGGUCCGUGUCCCAAGAAGUGCAAGGGCAAGAUGCUGGACUCGGCGGCGCGCGUGCAGUCGAUGAAGGGGUGCACCAUCAUCGACGGGCCGCUGCGGAUCCAGGUGUCGGGAGAGAACAUUGUCCAAGAGCUGGAGGAAAACCUUUCUGAAAUCACGGAGAUUACUGGGUUCUUGCGAGUGAGCCUCUCAGAAGCGCUAAUUUCACUAAACUUCCUGAAGAAUCUGAGACUCAUCCGCGGCGAAGUGCGGGAGUCAGACGGCAGAUACGCGAUGUACUUCCUGCACAACCACAACCUGCAGUCGCUGUGGCCAAACACGACCAACCUGACGGUGCUGAAGGGUGGUGCGUUCUUCCACUUCAACCACCACCUUUGCCUGGAGAAGAUCAACUCACUGCUGCAGCGGCUCAACAUCACGGCCCGACGUGACAUCGACGUCGGCCAGAUGACCAAUGGAGACAAAGUGCCCUGCCGGCGCCAGCUGCUCUCAGUUAAGGUGACGGAGGUGUUCGAGACGAACGUCGGCCUGGAGUGGGACGACUUCAUGAACAACACGCGCGACUACCGCAACCUGCUUGGCUACAACGUCUACUACCGCGAGGCGCCAGAACGAAACGUCUCGCUUUACGGUGGUCGUGACGCCUGUGGUGGUGACUCGUGGAAGGUGGUGGACUUCAGCGCCAAGCAGCCCGGCAACAGCAGCGCCGUGCUGACCGGCGCCGGCGGCAUCAACGGCACCGGCGCCCCCAUCCGCCAAGUCAAGGAGGAGCUGCUGACCGGGCUCAAGCCAUUCACGCAGUACGCCUUCUACGUGGAGACGUUGAUGGCCGAGACGGGUGUGAACGCCACCAGCGGCCAGUCGGACAUCAAGUACUUCACCACGGCGCCCGGCGAGCCGAGCAAGCCGCUGGACCUGAGGGUGACGGCGCUGCAGCCCGCGGUCAAAGCAGGCCUGAUGGACGCCUCGCUGCACGUGGAGUGGGACCCGCCGGCCAGGCCCAACGGCAUCAUCGCGUACUACAUCGUGCGGGCCAAGUACAAGCCCGAACAGCUCGACCCCAACUUCGACUCCUGCAAGGAAGCAGACACGGCACGCUCGGAGCUCCUGCCCACCACCACCACCACCACCACCACACCCAAGCCGGCACUGGCGGGCAACAGCACGGUGGCAGUGGUUGGCGGCAUAGGCGAGUGCUGUCAGUGUCCGACGGACGGCGGAGCGCGUCGGCCGGCUGACAGCGGCGCCGGCAGCUUUGACCGCGACAAGAAGCAGGAGCAGAUCGACUUCGAGGACAUGCUGCACAACUCGAUCUUCAUCAAGCGGGGCUCGCCGCGCUCCAGCCGAGGCCGUCGCAGCGUGAACGGCUCGUCACUGGACAAUGUGUCUACCGCGAACCGUCGUAGCGGACCCUGCCUGGAGGUCGAGACCAGCGAACACGGAAGCUGGUGCAAGCUGUACGAGGCCAAACUUCCGGCCAGGAUGGGCAAGAACAGCACUCGCGUGCCCAAUCUGCGCUACUUCUCCGACUACGUGGUCGAGGUGAUGGCCUGUCAAGAGCGGCUGGCCACGUCGCCGGAGGCCGGCCGGCGCGAGGGGCUCGUCAACAGGCCGGCCCGCUCCAGCCCCUGCAGCCGCAUCACAAGAACCACCCGCAAGACUGGCAGAAUCCCGGCGGCCGACCGGCUGGACCACAAGCCCGUCAUUUCGAACCAGACCGGCCGGCUGGUGACGCUCACCUGGUCCGACCCGCCCGACCCCAACGGCGGCCACGUGCUCAGUUACAUCAUCCACAAGCGGCGGAUGGAUGGUGAACAGGGGGAGCUGACCAGCAAGAAGCUGGUGUGUCCGCUGCACCGGUGUGCUGAGCCGCCGUGCCGGCGCGAGGCGCGCGUCAAGCUGCCAGCCGGCAACAUCAGCCUGCAGCUGCAGGCGCGCACGCUGGCCGGCCUCGGUCCGCUCACGCCGCCCGUCUUCUAUCUGGUGGUGGCUCCGGGUGAGGGAAUACCGUCGGACAUCAUCGUCGGCAUCGUCGUCGGCCUGCUGAUCCUGCUGAUCGUGGCCUGCGGCAUGGCUAUCCUGUUCUUCAAGCGAAUGGCCAAGCGGCAGAUGGACAACAUCUACACGUCCUGGAACCCCUAUUACGGCGGCCAGAUCUCCUACCAGCCGGACGACUGGGAAGUGGACAUCGAGAAGGUGUACUUCGACCGCGUCAUCGGCAAGGGCUCGUUCGGCAGCGUGUACGACGGCACGGCGCUGCUGCGGUCGCGUGACUCGCCCGACGACACCGAGCAGCUGUACCGUGUGGCCAUCAAGACGCUGUUGAGCGACGCCAGCAUGUAUGAUCGGCAGGCGUUCCUCUCCGAGGCCAGCCUCAUGAAGGGGUUCAACUGCUACCACGUGGUGCGUCUGAUGGGCAUCGUGUCCAAUAUGAGCGCGAAGACGGCCGACAACAUCCCACGCGCGCCGUUCGUCAUCAUGGAGCUGAUGGCCAAGGGCGAUCUCAAGUCGUACCUGCGCAGCAUGAGACCGGAGGAUGACGGCGUCUCCGUGCCCGAGCACUGCCCCGUGCUACCGAACAUAUAUCAGAUGGCGACCCAGAUCGCGGACGGUAUGGCGUACCUGACGCAGAUGAACUCAGUGCACCGCGACCUGGCCGCACGUAACUGCAUGGUCUCCGAGGACAUGACCAUCAAGAUCGGCGACUUCGGCAUGACGCGGCAUCUGUACGAGAAAAACUACUAUAAGAAAGGUGGGAAGGGUCUGCUGCCGGUGCGCUGGAUGGGCCCCGAGUCGCUUCGGGACGGCCGCUUCACCUCGCAGAGCGACGUCUGGAGCUUCGGCGUUGUGCUCUGGGAGAUGGCCACGUACGCCGCCCAGCCGUACCAGGGCCUCAGCAACGAGGAGGUUAUCAACCACGUGCUGAACCGCAACCGCAUGUCGCGGCCUGACAACUGCCCCGAGCGGCUGUACGACCUCAUGUACCGCUGCUGGGAGUACCGGCCCUCCGACCGACCCACGUUCGUCGACCUGGUGGAGGAGCUGCUGCAGUACGUCGCCGACGACUUCCGCUUGCACAGCUUCUACCACACGCAGCGUCCGGCCAUGCAGGCGGCGGCUGAGGCGAGCGCGCGCGACGAGCCGGAGCCGACGGUGCGGACACCGCUGACGGGCGGCGAGCCGGCGCCGGCCUCGGUCACGCGCUGGCCGCGCAUGGCCGAGGCCGAGGACCUGACGGACGAGGAGGACCCAGAGGCCAACUAUGCCGAGUUCGAGGCCAUGAAGCUGGAGAGCCGCAACGGCGGCCACGGCUCGCGCUCGUCGUCGGCGGAGAACAGCAAGGCGCACAGCGUGCAGUUCUCGUCUAGCGACGGCAGCAAGGGCAGCAAGGCGAGCAACGGUAGCGCGCGGAACUGCUACAUCGCCGGCGGUGCGCUCAACCGGGUGCGAACUGCCGAGUGCUAGUGCAGGCCGUGUGCGAUUAUUGUUUUCAGUACAAACCUCACUGAAGCCCAAUAACUUAGUGAAUAGUGCUUUGUUUUUUUACAGCUACCUCGUACGUUUUGUCAUGGGACCAUUCGUAAGCUAUAGGCAAAGAUCUAUGUGAGCCGAAUUGGUCUGAGUUCUAGAUUUAUCUUGUAUUGUGCUUGUGUACAGACCGAUGGUUGAGGGCGGGGACCGACUCGCCUCGGGCCGCCGGCCUCGGCGGCGCGGGUGGGCGGCAGCCGGGACGCGGCGCGUGCCCUCCUCACCACGCCUCUCCUGCACGCACACCAUUCCCCUCUUAAUUUGCUCAUAGAAAAUGCCCAACUAGUCACCGCCUUUUCCUAUUGCUGAGGCGCGGCCCGAAGCGACGGCGCGCGGCUCCGCCGCCGGGGUCCCGGUCGCCGCGCGCCGCUCUCUGCUCAAAGCCGACCCGGGCCGGCCGCGCGGCGCCCCGGCUCGCCGGCGGUCCGUUCAGUUCCUGACAGUGCCAAACGGGGCGGGCGCUCGCCCGCCGCGGCGGCCGCGGUCGUACCUCCCGGCGUCCCGACCCUGGCGAGGCGUGCAUCCGAGCCGGCCGCGCCCGUACCUCUCGACGCCCCGUCACCGGCGCGGCGCGCACCCGAGCCGGCCCGCCCGUACCUCACGACGCCCCGUCACCGACGAGGCGCGCACCCCAGCCGGCCCGCCCGUUUCGAGCGCCGCCCGCCGCCACGUCCUCUCCUAGGUUUUAAACUCCUCGCCGCCGCUCGGUUUCGGGUGUAUUAUGUGUGUUUUCAAUCCUGUGACAUGCUUUUGUAUUCCUUUACAUGUGCACUGCCGGGAGGUCAGUGGGACUGCGAGCGCGACAGGCGGCCGUUCGCUCCUCGUGCGUUGAGUUAGGACCGACCGCGCCCGGCGCUGUACAUUUCCCCGUAUUGUUCUGUGCGUUGCGCCCUGCCCGCGCGCGGCCGCCGCUUCGCCGCUGCGGUGCGGCGACGGCCGACGCCGCGCCCUGCCCGCCCUGUUUGCUUGGUGUCUGGGCCGUCUCGCUGCGACAGGAGUGCUGUCGUGGGGCGGCCGCGCCGCGUGGAAGGUGGGGUUGUGGGGCGGGCGGCGCCAGCGGCCCGGUCGCGGGGUGGGUGGCGCCCGCCCCCUUCCGUACUCAUCUUCUGUGUUCAGUGUGGAGAGGCUGGGCGCUGUGAGCACCGUUGCCGGCCGGGCCUCAUGUGUAGAUGUCUAGUGGAAUCACAUUGGCGUGGGCCGCCCGCUGGUCGUCACUGUAGAGUGUUAAACUUACCUCGAGCGCUCGUCACGUCUCAUUUCACUGGCUAGGCACCCCGCAAAAGACAUGUGCAUUGGGACCGGUUUCGAAUGAGUAACGCUUCGGACGCCAAAGAUGCGUUAUGAUUUACAUAGGUUGUCAUCGGAGCGUGUAAUCAGGGCAGCUAAUGACCCAAGCGCAGUUCAUAUUUAACUUGUAUUUGGAAAGCAAACGGGUAAAUAUAUACGGUACGUGUCCGUCUAACGGAAAACAGCGUUUGUGUGGGUUCUGCCGCUCUGCGCCUGCCUCCGUCGCGUGUUUGCGCAUUAACGCUGACCGCGGGAUCGUGCUUCGCUCCGGUCGGUCCGAAAGCUAGCUCAAUGAUAGAAAAUAUGUGUGCUUGCCGUAGAACUCAUUUCGGGAUAUCUUGGGCCCGAAUGAUGAAAGUAAACAUUCAAUUAAAAGGCGUUGUAUUUUGGAAGGCAUACGGCGAUUGUGUCAACGGCGCAAUGGCUCUCGUAAAGCCACGGCACUGCAAACCGGUCUCAUCAGCCAGUGAGGAGCGGCGCGACCGCAGUGUGAUCCACUUGUCAGCCAUAUGCCCCCUUCAGCUCAUCAGCCAGUGAGGAGCUGCGCGAUCGCAGUGUGAUCCACUUGUAAGCCAUAUGCCCCGUUCAGUAUCCAACCGUCAGCGCCAGUGCGACUAUUUUCGAACAAAGCGCAAUUUCCUGGCCGCGCCGAAGUGCUCGGCACUAAGGUCUGACCAGCUGAAAGGUUGCACGUUCCCCUGCUACAGUCACGCUG